UUUCAUGCUGGAUGGAAACUUGAUUGACGACAACCAUGACGACGGGGCAUUCUUGGGUGAACUCGACGGGCGUGUACACCGCCGCCGCUGCCGUUCUCUGCGUCUACUCCGCUCUCCAGAUCCGCAAAGCUUCUAGGAAACACACGACGCAUGGAUCUCGUCCUGCACCUGGACUUCGUGUGGGAGUCCUGUACCUCCGAAAUCCCCACGACGACUUCCUCCACAUCCUUCGCAACGAUGUGUUGGUGGAGACGGCAGUUGCCAAAGUGGACUCCAUGCUGUAUGUCUUUGUGGACGACACGAAGGACGACGGUUCGUCCUCUAGCGACCGCCUGCGGUACUUGGGCGAGCUGUACAACAUCUUAUGGAACGCAGCGUGCGUCGCGAACAAGCAUGACUUGGACAUCCGCGUGGUCAGCAGCGUCGAUCAGUCAUGGAAGGACAUCAUCGCCCGGCCUGACCUAACUGCCGCCUUCGCAUACGAGGACAUGGACGUGGCGGUGCUCAACGACGGCCGUGGUUCAUCUCCCAUCGCCUUUUUCCCUUUCAAUGACAUCGUCGACAGAAGUGUCGAUGCAACGACGUUUAUCUAUCUCGAAGAUCCGACGCGACGACUAGGUAAGGAGUCGCUCGUUGUCAUUGGCGGCACCUUUGACCACCUCCACAACGGACACAAGAAACUUCUGUCGUUUGGCGCUGCAUUGGCCGACAAUGGGAUGCUCAUUGGGGUCACAGCGCCGCAUAUGCUGCAGAAGAAGAGCUUGGGACAUCUGAUCGAGUCCAUUCAAGAGCGCAAGUCCCGAGUGGAAGCCUUCCUGCGCGACGUGCAUCCCCAUGUUGCGCCGACCAUCAUCACCAUCGACGACCCGUUCGGCCCCGCCAUUACGUCUGCCGACAUCUCGGCCAUCGUCGUCUCCACGGAAACGCAGCUCGGGGCGGUCAAGAUCAACGCCAUUCGCGCCGAUAGAGGACUCCACCCGCUGAACAUUUACGUGUGCCGUCGAACAGAUGCCAGUACGCUGAGUUCGUCGUACAUUCGCGAACAAUUGGCAAAACGACCUUCGCCACGUUAAUAGAAAGAUAUAUACGUUUAUGCAUGUCAUAUGAAAGUUCCUUGUCAUAAUGACUAGGUAGUAAUAGUAAUAGCCAUACUAGUGUACAGUAAUAUGUCGCGAUGCCGUGUUGGCAGCUUCAAAGAGCGACAGGCAUAAGCAUAGGAAACCACGACAACUCUAGUGAAGGUGGAUGGAUGUACUCGGCUUGGUGUGUAGG